AUGACGGACUCACCACCAAAGCUGACCCCGCCGCCAAACGGGAGCGCGCUGCUGCGGGAGAACCUCUUUGAGGAGAAGACGGAUGACGACGAUGGCGAGCUGCUGAAGCGGCGCGAGCCGACGAUGCUGCUGAAGGGAAAGAAGCUCAUCGCCCCUCCCUCGGACGGCACGAAACGCUACACUGUCGUCUUCGACCUCGAUGAAACCGUCGUGUACGCGAGGGAUGGCCCUCUCUACGCACGCGCGUACCUGAAAGACCUUUUCCGCUUCAUGAAGGACGACUUCGAGGUGAUUGUCUGGACCGCAGGCGAGCGCGACUACGCCAAGUGCAUUCUCGAAGAGAUCAAUGAGGACCACAUCAUUCAGCACCUCGUCUACCGGCACGAGAAGUGGUUCCACGAGGAGGACUACACAAAGGACCUGCGACAGCUCGGCCGCGACCUGAACUACACCCUCAUGAUCGAAAACACACCCGACUGCGUGCGGGCAAAUCCGGAGAAUGGCAUCAUCGUGGAGGACUUCGAGGUGCUGCCAGAGACGACCGAGGAAGAGGGCUCGAUGCCGGCGACGCCGGUGCCUACGCCCCCGCCGGCGCAAGCGGAGGAAGCGACCGCGACAGCGGGUGAAGCUAAGGACAGCGCCACACCGCAAGCCAGCACAGCCGUCGCACCGAAGCCGGCAACGGAGAGCGGAGGCGGCGGCAGCUCGCAAUCACCACUGCGGCGGCGGCGCACAACCGAUCGCACGCUGUUUCUGUUGCGCGAGCUGUUACAAUCGCUUGUGAAGAGCGGGGAGACGGUGCCUCGCUUUCUUGCCUCGUGCGAGCUGCUCUCACGGCAGACGGUGACUGGCUCUGAUGGCAACGGCAUCCCCAUCUACCACCUCGGCACACGGCGGCGACGCAAGGAUGCGGGGGUGCAGCGGAAGCAAGUGCGAGUAAACCGGGACAAGGCGCCGCCAGCCGCUGCCCCAGGUGAGGUCCCUUUGCCUCCCUCGGACGCAUCGGCGGAGAGCUCAACGAACGAGAAGAACGUGUCUGGCGAGGACCGCGACGACGUGGCGCACUCGGGCGGCUCAUCAGGGGACAUAGCACAGCUGCCCCCCGCCGGAGCACCGCGGCAAGGCGCGGACGACCAACUAGAGUGCGCACGUGCUGGUGGCGUGGGCAAGGAGGGAGGAGGAAAACCGCAUCCCUGA